CAGCACCCUGGCCGUGUUUCCCCGUCCGGGGAGGUGCUGCACCGCUUCUCCACUCUCUCCUCGCUUUGCCCCCUUUCAGGUGAGCAGCUCCCCAGGCCAGCAGCUGCCUUUCCUUUGCCCGAAGGGUCCCGGCGAGAACCACCCAGGGCUGCUUGCGUGCGGGGAAACUGAGGCACGAAGCGUCCCUCGCCCGGCUCCUCCGGGACGAAGUACCGGCCGCCUCCGCUGCCCGGCGGGGAUGGAGGAGGAGGAAGAGGAGGUGGGCAUCACAUGGGGACCGCCUGCACCGAGCCCAGGGGCUGAGCCCGGGCCGGCCCUCGGGGCGGAGCCGCCGGUGCAGCGCCCGGCGGAGCGGGGAGAGCGGCCGAGCCCCGGCCCCGGCCCCGGCCCCGGUCCCGGGAUGAGCUUCCCGCGGCCCCUGCGCCGCUCCGUGAGCCUCAGCCCGGCCCGUUCCCUGCGCCUCGUCGUGCUGGGGCAGAGCGCCGUGGGCAAGACAGCAUUGACCGUAAGAUUCAUCACCAGGAGAUUCAUUGGAGACUAUGACCCAACCCUAGAAAUGAUCUACAGACACAUGGCCGUCAUUGACGGGGAGAUGGUGCACUUUGAGAUCCUCGAUACAGCAGGACAGGAGGAGGAUUCCCUGCAGAUAGAGGAGAAGAUCAAAUGGGGCGAUGGCUUCGCUGUGGUCUACUCGGUGACGGACAGGUGCAGCUUCGAUGAGGUCAUGCGGCUGUGUUUCCUCAUCAACCACAUCCACUCGAGCCCCAAGCGGAGCAGCGGGAGCGAGCAGCCCCCCGUGGUCAUCGUGGGCAACAAGAAGGACUUGCAGUUCGACAGGAUGGUGUCCACAGAGGACGGCGAAAACCUCUCCAAAGCCUUGAAGCUUCCUUUCUAUGAGAUCUCCACCCGGGACAGCUAUGAAGAGACCGUGGCGGUGUUCAACAUGCUCUACCAGGAGCUCAUGAGACAGGGGCAUUUCUCCCCGGGCUCCUUCAAGAGGAGAACGGUGUCGAAGCUGAUGGAGAAGAUCCCCAAGAUGCAAGCCAGCUCCACCUUGAACUCAGCCGGCCGGAGCCUCAGCUUUAACUCCUUCAGGGACUACAUCCCCGAAGACGGGACAGCAAAGGCACGGAAAGGAGCAGGGCUUGCAGCGAGCGGCAUCCUCCCACAGCAUCGUUUCUCUCCCUCCCUCCUGCCUGAUGAGGAGCACUGCGUUGCCGUUCGAGGUGAAUGUGCUGGAAGACCUGUGGUGUAAUGCCCAUGUCCCCCCUGUAGCAACCUGUUGCAUCGUCUGCUGCUGCGUCCUGUGACAAUAAAAGCCGAGUUAGCAACCGCC